AGGCAGCAGCACAGAGCCGGCGGAGCAGCAUCCACUCAGUGCCCAGCCGCGUGCGCCAGGAUGCCUGACGCCAUGCUGCCCGCCUGCCUCCUCGGCCUGCUGGCCUUCACCUCUGCCUGCUAUUUCCAGAACUGCCCGCGGGGUGGCAAGCGGGCCCUGUCUGAUACGGAGCUGAGACAGUGCCUCCCCUGCGGCCCCGGGGGCCAAGGGCGCUGCUUCGGGCCCAGCAUCUGCUGCGCCGACGCGCUGGGCUGCUUCGUGGGCACGGCCGAGGCGCUGCGCUGCCAGGAGGAGAACUACCUUCCGUCGCCCUGCCAGUCCGGCCAGAAGCCCUGCGGCAGCGGGGGGCGCUGCGCCGCCAACGGCGUCUGCUGCAACGAUGAGAGCUGCGUGAUCGAGCCCGAGUGCCGAGAGGAGUUCCACCGCCCCGUCCGUGCCGGCGACCGGAGCAACGUCACGCAGCUGGACGGCCCCGCGGGGGCGCUGCUUCUCCGCCUGAUGCAGCUGGCAGGGGCGCCCGAGCCCCAGCCCGCCGCGCCCGGCGGCUACUAAGCCCCGACCCCAGAACCCUGAACCCGCAACUUGGACAAUAAACCUCUGCAAAAGCA